CCAUGCCUUUCAGAACCCCCUUGUUGCCAGAGUAACGCGGCCGGGCCUAACAUUUCUCCUGCAGCCUCGGAUUUGCCGGCUGAUCUUGUUUUUUUUUAAAUUCCCCGCGAUGUGGAGCGGGGGUUCGCGUGUCCGGGCGCUAACUUUAGUGCCGGCGUUGCCAGGCCGCCGUCUUCUCCGUGUCGCCGCCGGGUUGUCCGCUCAGGCCCAGCGGCUGCAGAAGAAAUUGGAGCCGGUGGAAAUCCCGGGCCUGGAGCCCAUCACAUACUGGGACAGGAUGCAUUACGUGCCGGGCUUGGCUGACCCCAAGUGCCCGGUCUGGGACAGAGGUUGGGAAGACCCGUUCCACCGCCGGGGUCCCAAGUAUGAGGAAAUGCCGCUGUAUAAGGAGAAGCCAUGUUACACAUUCCACCAGAGAACCAAGAUGCUGGAGGGUGUUAAACAAGCUCUUUGGCUGACCAAGUCUAAGCUAAUAGAAGGCCUUCCUAAGCAGAUACUAAGCAUAGCUGAAGAUCCUGCGAAUUGCAUUGAAGACCAGGAUGAGCGUGUAAAGACAGCUAUCAGUCAUGCUCGUUUUUGGACCACCACUGAAAUUCGUCCCAAAAGAGAUCGCUUUUGCCCUGUGCUAUUGCAGGACCUCUUACACUUAUGCGGGAUCCUGCAACCUCGAUUUCCCACACUUGGAAACAGGAUGCUGGCAGAAAAUUACCGUGUGGCAGCAAUAUGGGAGAGAGAGUCUGACAUAUUCCGGGUUUGCGGUUUAAAUGGAAUCCUCUUGAGUAGUAAGCAGCCUUUACCAGCAGUAGCAGGAAAAGAGGAGAUAUUAAGCACUGAAAGUCAUGCCCUCCCAACCUUCUAUCCCAUCUCUCCCAACAUUGACCUGCAGCCUACACUUGUCUAUAAAGAAUGCAAUGACACAGGUUUCCGUGAUGGGUACCCUUUUCCUUAUGCGCACACGCUGUAUAUUGCAGAAUCCUCUGUUAAUAUGACAAGGUUCAAACCAGAACCACUGAGGGCCAAGAUGAUCAUGUUCACAUUUGCAAAUGCUCUUGCAAGGGCCAAGCUUCUGUAUGGUGAAGAGCCAAAGGAAUUGGAUAAUCCUAUCACAGUGCAAUGCAUUGCCACAAAUGGAAGAAUGUUCCAAUUUCUGGUGUUGCAGCUAAAUACCACAGAUCUACAAUCAAAUGAUGGUGUGAAAAACCUAAUUUGGUUAGAUAAAGAUCAGCUACUGUAUGACUAUGCAAAGUGCCGUCCAUCAAUCAGAAAGAAAAUAGUCCAGGUUCCUGCUGGACUGUCUGGAUAUUGUCCAGAGACAUUCAGUAAGUUCCUUGCCAUGUACUUGCACGGAGCUGUAUAAAAUCAUAUGGAAAACAGAUCAGUGCUAUCAUGAAGAACUGUAACUUACCUGGAAAUGUCAAGGAAACGAAGGAUCUAAGUUGGAUACCAGCAGAAAUACACUGUAAACUGAUUUGAGGUAUAAACAGUGUAACCAUAUACAAUGUUACUUAGACUUUUAUGAAGACUAGAACUGAGAGAUAAAUGAAUUAUGUUGGAAUUAUUUAUGUGAAUAAUGCUACUUUAAUAAAAAUAUUUUUUUCACAA